AUGGCCGUUACAACGAAGCAGACAGCUGCGCAGCCAGAUAUCUCACUGACGCAUGAGGAGAAGAUUGAGGUCGUUUGUCAAGUUAAUGAUGGUCCUUACAACAGCAUCCAGGACUAUGAGUCUCGGUCGAUCGACUUACGAACAAUUCUGGGCUUACUGGCUCUCGCUGUUACCUAUGAAGCGUGCCUGUUCUCGUUCGCUCUGCCUUCUGCAAUUCUCCUCACCAUCAACGAGGAUGUCGGGCCGUCGACCAACUUCACAUGGGCAGCUACCUCAUGGGCACUUGCCAGCGCGGUCGUGAUGACAAUCGCCGGUAGAUGUAGCGACAUCUUUGGACGCAGGAAUUUCUUCCUUAUAGGGAACCUCUUGGGUGCCACUGGUUGCGCAAUUGCUUGCAGGGCAACAAACACAUCAUUGAUCAUACUCGGAAGCUCAUUCCUGGGCCUUUCGGCAGGGCUUCAACAACUCGCAUUUGCAGCGGCAAAUGAGAUCGUACCGAAGAAGAAUCGUGGGCAGACUUUGGCUUUUAUGAGUAUUGUGUCGAUACCAGGAUCAUCCUUUGGAGCUCCGAUAGCUUAUCAGCUCGUCUCCCAAAGCUCGUGGAGGUGGGCUUACUACGUGUCUCUGAUCGUCAACGUCGUGGCUCUCCUUCUCAUAUCAGUCUUCUACUGGCCACCCGAUUUUCUCGGGCUACAUCCAGACGGCAAGACGCGACGCCAACAGUUCCUCGAGCUAGAUUUCGUCGGCUUGCUCCUCUUUGGCGGCGGUUUGACCGUGUUCCUCGUCGGCGUCGGGUUUGGAGGCAAUCCAUAUCCGUGGACCAAUGCCGUCGUCCUGGCUCCGACCAUCAUCGGUGGCAUCUCCGUCUUCGUAGCCUUUCCUCUCUGGGAGGUUUACAGUCCUGACAGCAUUGCAAAGCUGUGUCCACCUCGAUUGUUGCAAGAUGUGAGAGCCGUCGUCGUCCCGCUAGGAGUGAGCUUUGCCGGUGGCAUGGCCUUAAUCAGCACGGGUAUCUUGUGGCCACAGCAAGUACAACGCUUAUUGACUACAGUCCCAAGAGCUGUAGGUUGGUAUGGCAUGGCUACCAAUGCCGCCUCAACUGCGGGUCUCAUCCUGGCCGGCCAGACCUUCUCGACAAUCCCGAAGACCAGGUAUCAGUAUAUAUUUGUCGUCGUGAUGAUGACAGUGUUCCUGGGCUUGAACGCAACGAGCAACGAGCACACUCCGGCUCGCGCGAUUGUGUUGGUUGCUUUCGCUUCUGCCAUGAUUGGCGCUACCAAUUGCAUGAGUAUACUAAUUGUGCAGCUUGGGGCACGCGAUGAGGACAUUGGACUCGCCACCGGCCUGGUCAACUCCACGCGAUCCACUGGGGGCGCGAUUGGCGUAGCCAUCUAUUCAAGCUUGCUUGCAAACCGGGUGAACAGCAGAUGGGCAAGAGACAUCGGCAGAGCGCUGAUCCAGGCUGGGUUGCCUGCUGCUUCCCUGGCAUCAUUUCUUCAGGCUCUACCACUGGGAAACUUUGAAGGUGUGCCAGGAGUCACUCCGAGAAUUGUCGCAGCAGCAUUGGGAGCCCAGAAGAGUGUCUACAGCGACGCAUUCAAGUUGGUCUACUGUGUCACCGUGGCCUUUGGAGGGCUUGCAAUUAUUGGCGCGCUGUUUGUCGCAGACGUGGACAAAAGACUCACAAGGCAGGUUAACGUUCAGCUUGCCCGACCGCAUCUGCGAGGUAGCGGAAAUGGUGAAGCGAAGGUAUUACACGAGCCGGGCAAUUAG